AUGGACGAUAUAAAGGAUAAAUACAAGCAUUUUCCUCAAUAUAAUGAGUUAAGGGACUUACUUAAACAUGCUAAUGUGAAAUCGGGACGAUUGCUUAAGGCAUUGGACAGCUAUGAAUACCAGAAUGAUAACGUUCGGUUUGACUUUAUCGUUGAAAACCAACGGGGAACCAAGUUUUUUGGAAUUCCGUUAUUUUCAAAUCGGACUUUAUUACCGUUUAUAGAUCCUCAAACGUAUCAGCUGUUGGAUGGAAAGACGAUAUCUCUCACGUACAACAACAUCAAUAACUACCCAUUACCCGAUAUGGAUUGGAAAUGGUCGUGGGAUAAGUGGUAUUUGUUGAUGGCCAACGAUGUGGAUGCCCAGGGAUGGCUAUAUUCGGUGAUAAUGUUUAAUAGCACUCAUUGGAAGGGGAAGUACCUGUUUGGCAAUUUUGUGCGGCGACGGAUAUGGGUGAGGAUGCGACAUAAGCUGUCUACGUAA